AUGCCUGUCGUUUCCAUCACAGAGGACAGCGGAGACUCCGCCCCCGAUACCAUCCUUCACGCCAAUUUGGAGCUCCACGAGCCACUUCUGCAGGCCUCAACGGGUUCUACUGUGAUUCCGAUGAGCGGGGAGAAGCAGGUCAUGAUGGGCACCAGGGACGACGGUCAUCCACCUCGCCCUUGCAUGUCCAGCCGCCUGUUCCCCUGCAAGACCGAGGAAGACGUCGAGCCGCCCAUGCCAUCUCGUCCUUGCGGCCCUGUGGCUCCUUGCGAGGCUGACGAGGAUGUUGUUGGUGAGAACUAG